AAUAAUAUUCACCAGCAAACCGAUAUCCACCGAGUACCAUAUAUAAAUCGGCCACAUAGUGAAUACUGCGUUGAGACUACAGUUCUUUUUUAAAGGAUCUUAAUCAGCAGUUUAAUUAAGUGGGUAGUGCCUGUUAUUGGAACCAGGAACCUUUGAUUUCCCUUUCAGCAUGAGUUCCGCAAUCUGGAUCGUCUUGGGUAUUUUUAUUGUUUGUAAUAAUCAACAGGUGGCACAAGCCUCGGCAGACGGGAAGACUGUAACAGGAUGGCAGAACAUCCGCAGUGACCGGAUUGCGCGCAAUAUUUUAUCCAACGAAUACAGUCGAUGGCCAAACGGAAUGGUUGUCUACGUAUUGCAAGACAAAAUCGAUAACACCACCAAAAAAAACGUUCUAACAGCUAUGAGAAACAUCAGCCUGGAGACAAAUAACUGCAUCCGCUUUCGGGAACGCACCAAUGAAACUGAAUAUUUAUGGAUUACACGCUCUCGCCCAAUUAUCUGCGCGGCAGAAGUGGGCAGACAACGACGUCGGAGCCAAAUGUUCGUCAGUGCGCAUUGUUCGUUUGCCGACAUUCUCCAUGGCUUUCUGCAUGUUCUCGGCUUCCUUCACGAGCACACACGACCCGAUCGGGAUAACUACGUAAACAUCAACUGGGAGAAUAUUCCAGAAGGAUUUGAGCACAAUUAUCGCAAGCGUGGAGAUGACGACGUUACCGUUUCGGGAUUGCCUUACGAUUUUUCGUCUCUCAUGCAUGGUGAAGAAUAUGCGUACGGUUUGAGGCAGCCAGUGAUGACACCCGUGAAUCCCAACCAAAAACUGACCAAGAAUCUGCGUCUCAGUGAUUUGGACAUCAAGAAAAUCUUACGAGUUUACGGAUGUUAGCAAUUUAGAUACACCUUUUGUUUAUUAGACGCUCCAGCGAAUCGGGUUUGUCAUAGAGCGCGCUUUGUGUUAACAAGAUAAUAUGUUAGUUCCCUGUUCGAUUCGUACACAAUCGUUUCGUACAUAAUCUUGCUGACUUUGUCGUCAGUUCGUCAUAAACGUUGAAAAUCACAGCAUACUUGCUUGCU